AUGAGGUACUCUACUGCGCAAAAAAAUCCUUCAGUCUCUUUGAAUUCUCCAAUUAUUUCCUCAUCGUCUCCUGUUGCAAUCGUUAAUAAUGGAAACGAUAUGGAUGAAACUCAAAAUUCUUCCCCACCGUCUUCAUUACCUUCAACUCCGACCCCUCAACCGCGUCUUUUAAGUGAUAUCGAUAAUGAUAGCGUCGAUCCUUCCAUCAUUACGAUUGCAAGUAAUGCUUUGAUUGACAAUGCUCGUUCAGCCGCUAGCAUUUCAAACCUUAUAAACCAUGAUGAAGAACAACGAAUCAAUACCAAUUCUCCAAAGUCACAACCAACUUCGCAAAUUAGUGUUCAUGAUAAUGAUGAGAAUGACAUUAGUAAUAAUCGUGAUUUUGAUACUUCAAAGCGAUUGCGAUGUAAUUUGAAAAAUCUAACCUUAGCUGAUGGAAAUUCAGAUGAAAUUAUUAGAAUUAAUCAUAUUAACGAUAACGAUUCUACACCUCCUUCACCUGUUACUUCUUCCGGAUUUGAUGAAAUGAUUAUUGAUGAUCAUCAUUCUGAUGAGUGUUCUGGUGCAAAUUCUCCAACAAAUUCCUCUAUGAGUGGUGCCACUUCUUCCGUGGGAAAUAAUAUAAAUUUCGUUACAAAACAAACAAGAAAGAAACCAUAUAUUCCUCGUCCCCCAAAUUCUUUUAUCCUUUAUCGUCAACAUCAUCAUCCUUUAAUUCUUAAUAAACAUCCCGGUAUAAAUAACUCUGAAAUAUCGAGAAUUAUAGCUGACCAUUGGAGAAAUUUAUCAAACCAAGAAAAAGGUGAAUGGAAAAAAAAAGCCGAAGAAGCUAAGGAACGUCAUAUGAAGGCUUGGCCAGAUUAUAAAUAUCAACCUAGAAGAAGAGUGGUUGGGCCUACUUUUAAAAAACCGUUGAAAGGUCCUGGUGCCCCUUCUUCUUCUAUAAAAUCUGAUGCUUUUAGUGCACAAGAAGGCAUGAUGGACAAUUUUGUUAUUGAACUUUCGAAAUUACCAUCGCAUAGAAAAAUAGGUCAUAAUGAACCUUUUAAGCAUCCGUCCGUUAUCAUUAUUGAAGGAGGUUCAAAGGAAUUAAAUAAAUUAGACCGCAACGGAAAUAAUAACCAAAGAAAACCUUCGCCUGCUGAAGCGAUUAAAGCGAAAUUAGGACUUCCAAUAAAUCAACUUUCCACAUCUUCCUCUCCACAAAGAUUGCCUCCACCACAUACAUUGGAUAGUACCGCUUUACAAUCUAAUCAAUUAUACGAGUUCUUAAAGAAUGAAGGUAUAAGGGCAAGGUUGUGCAAAUUCCCUGAUUCUACAACACCUUCUGGAAACGCUCUCAAACUAUACCAGUCAAGUAAUCGUCAACCAAAUCCGAAGACACUUCAUUUACUUAUUGCUGCUCAUUGGUGGGAAAUAAUGCCGGUAAUGAAAGAUCAACUUAUGAAUGGUGUUACUUUGAUUGUGGAUCGAUACGUUUAUUCCGCGAUGGCAGCAUCUGCUGCUAAGGGCUUGGAUCUGAAUUGGUGUAAAACGAGCUAUAUACAAUUGUUAAGUCCUGAUCUAAUUUUUUUCUUGAAAGUUGAAACAAAUGAAAUGGAUAAUCAACAAUUGCCGCAGUUGUCUCUACCACGUGUUAAUGAUGUUCUUGGAAUUGAUUCUGAUAACGGAAGGAUUGCAAAGGAAUGGCAAAGAAGGAUGCAAGACGCACUCUCUAGAUUAGCAGAAGGUCAAUGGAAGAUUUUGGAUGCACGUAAAUCCAAUAAUAUAAUUAACGCCCAAAUCAUCACAGCAUCAAUCGAAGUUAUUGAGCGAUGUCGUAAAUCCAAUAUGGGUUAUGGUAAUAUGUUUAACAAUACAAUCAUGUCACAACAGAAUCAACAAUUAUUACCACCACCUAUUGUUCCAGCAUCUUCCCAGCAACCACAGUAUUCUUCUGUUAACCUUAAUGGCAGUCCACCGUUAUCACAUCAGCAGCAAAAAAAUUCAAAUGUGUUGCCACCUAUAGGAAGACAUGAUGGUUUCUCUAGAAAAGUACACAUACAGUUAUAG